AGCCGAAAGUCAGUCAGUCGGCCGGAUUGUGGCACGCCACGCGCGCGCUCCUCCUGCAUGGAUCAUGCACACCCGCCGCUCCAGCAAGUGAAGUUGGCCAGAUGAUGACGCAGGAGAAGCGAACGCCGGCCGGCCUACAGCCGGGGGCGGGCGCGGCCCCCGCGGGGGCCGCCGAGCCGAAUUACACCAAGCUGUCGGAGAAUUUGCGCAAAGUCACCCCACCGAACCUCCAGUGCAGCGUCUUCUGUGGCGGCAAAAAGUGCAAGUACGAGACGGCGGCCAACUGGCGGCCAGAGCAAAUGGCCGUCCCCGACGUCUACUCGCACUGGGUGACUGAUGACAUUGUGGCCAUGGCGCGACCAAACACAGAACUGAUCCAGAAAAAGCAGCUCAUCCAACAAUUCAAACGAUUGGGAAUCAAGUCGAUAAUAAAUCUGCAGCUGCCUGGCGAGCAUGCCAGCUGCGGUAACUGCCUCGAAGAAAGCGGAUUCACCUACGAUCCGAGCACUUUCAUGAGAAACGACAUUUUCUUUUACAACUUCGGCUGGAAGGAUUAUGGCGAGGCCAGUCUCACCAAUCUGCUCGACAUGGUCAAGGUCAUGGCGUUCGCCGUCUCCGAGGGCAAGGUCGCUGUACACUGCCACGCAGGUCUUGGCAGAACAGGCGUGCUGAUUGCGUGCUACCUGGUGUACACCUGUCGGGUGCGUGCCAACGAUGCAAUCCGCUACGUGCGACUGAAGCGUCCGAACGCGGUGCAGACGCGCGGCCAAAUCCUCUGCGUGCAAGAGUUUGAGCAGUUCGUGCUGCCGCAGUGCCUAAUUUUCUGCAACAAGGACUUCGUGACCAAGGAGAAGAAGGUGCCCGAGUUCACGCUGGUGCAGUACCUCAGUCGGCAGCGCCAGAUUUUGCACGGCAACGAGGUCAGGGCUUUCAAGUACAUUCCAAAGAUAUUGUUCAUUCUGUGUGAGCGUUUGAUCCGGUUGAGCGGCGGCCGGUGCAUCGAGCUGGCCUCGGGCACCACAUUCACGCACUCCUUCCUCGCACACAGGGUCAACCCUGACCGCCACCAUCUGGGACGGAUUGGCAGUGGCGACUCAAACAACUCAAGCUCUAACAAUUCGUCGUGUCGGCCGAGCACGGCGGAGCUGGAGUGCGAGCUGCCUAUUUCGAGCGGCAGCAGCAGCACCUCUUGCGUCUCGCCAGACAUGCCCUCUUGUGCUUCCGGAAUGUCAGGACUCGACGACAACGGAGUUGACGCGGUGCUGGGCGACGGCAUCGUUGACCAGAAACUGCAGGACAACCAGGUUUUCCAGGAGCUCAGCUCGCAAAUCGACCUUCGGCAGGCGGCCGUUGACGAAAACGAGCCGACUGGAGCGGCCAGUGACGUGGCCGAUGCCAUUUUGGCCGACCACUCGGACGAUCAGUUCCGCAAACAGGUGAAGCAGAUCCGGAUCGAGCUAAACGCACGGUAUUCAACCGUGGACCGUCUGAAGGUGGAGACAGACGCGCGAUUGCUGGCAGCCUUGCUGUUCGAGUGGCUGGAGCACCUGAAGGCGCCCGUGGUGACCAAGGAGGAGCUCAGCGCCGUGGUGGUGCGUGGCGAACAUCCCGACCUCUGCCUGCGCAAGUUCGACGCCAGUGCAGCUCACACAGUCGAGUACCUGAUCCGCUUCAUUGCCAGGAUGCACUGCCUCGGCCGCGACGUGCAGAUCGAGCUUGUCCGACGCUUUGCCGCCUCGCUCACCCAACAGGCUGUCCUCGUCAGGGGGCUCCUCCAGCCCACCGCGAAGGAUUUUCACAAGCUGCGUGAAGGGACGCUGAAAGUGCUGAUUAAUUUCCUGAUGCUGUUCCUCAGCCAGGUGGAGGAAAGCGCUCUCACAGACAACCUGGCGGACAGCACAGUUUGAUCGAUUUUGCACGGAACUUGUUCACAAAUCAAUAAAAACCAUUUGCCACAUCACUUUUCAUUCAAACAUUUCACUCCACAGUGUUGCCUCAAUCGAAGGGAGGAAAGUUAAUUGUGAUGGUUUUACCUGGGACGUGUACUAUAAGCAAUAAAAGGUUUAAAUGACGUUCAGCUUGC